AUCACCCCGAGGACAGAGAUCUUCGGUCUGGGAAUGAACGCUGCCCGCAGCUUGAGUGCUUCAGUCCUGGGGGUUAUCGACCACCCCUGCUGCACGACACAAGUUUCCUGCAAAGAGAGCAUUGCAUAGCUCUUGGAGACAGGGUUUCGGACCUGUGGGAAUGCCCGGAGUGGAGGACGUCUGGGUUCAGAGCGACUGUCGACUCUGCAUAUAUGAAAGUUGUGGGAGGAACUUGAGCUCUGACUCAUUUGAGCUGGGCCCUUCUCAUUUUGUUAGGCAUUGACUGGAGCAGCUCAUCAGCGAAGGAUCUGAAUUCGUAUCGGAAGUGAGCAAAAUACCUGGCGUGCAAGGAGUCUUCUGAGCUGGAGGUGGAGGAACAUGCCUAGAGAAUGAAGAGGUCCAUCUGGGGCCCACAGCACUCUCCUGACAAGGCUCUUUGCAUCUUGAUGGCUGCUGCUGGCCUUUUCCUCCUUGCAGAAACACAUUAUCUGCAGAGAGAAAAACUGAAUUUAUAUGGAAGGAGCGAUAAGUAUGUGUCUCUGGCCAACUACAGCAUCCCCCAGCUAUGUCAGUUCACUGUAUGCAUGGAUCUAAACCGGACCACCAAUACAAGUUCUUGGGCAGCAUUUUCCUAUGACACUAACAACACCUCCACUGACAUAAAUGACAUAGAGCUUGGACUCUCUGGAGAAAACAAGCGGCUGAGACUGUAUCUUUUCGGGACCAGAAGAGACAUUGAGAUUGAUUUAGCCAUUUCUGUCUGGUAUAGUGUGUGCUGCCUUUGGGACACCAAAACACAACUGCUGCAGGUCUACUGUAAUGGUGGCCUACUGCAUAACGAAACCAUUGACCAUGCUGAGUGCCUGAGGCCCAAUGGAAGCCUGGUGCUGGGGUUUCUGCAUAAAAAUCAAGAUGGCCUUAUAGUGGGGUUAAGCAACGGCUUCAUUGGCAGCUUGUACUAUUUUCAAAUGUGGAACUACACCAGGGAUAAGGAAGAGUUACAGGAGUGUACCAUGGGCAAUACUGUUAGCUGGAAGGAAGAGUACUGGGACUUUAGCAGCAUAGCUCCAGAACCUGACCGUCGGCUACGCUGUGCAGGCUCAAGUGAAGCAUUGUCAACAACCGCUCCUACGCUGCCUCCAUUAUCUCCGACGAGUAAUACCAAUGUUACCAUUCCACUUAGCUUCUAUAACGUCGACAUGAACUUUUCUCUUUUCUACAAAACUGAGAGAACUCCUGAUUACUAUGAUGCAAGGAGCCUUGUUAAAAGCUGGUUUAAUACCAUAUUUUCUGGAGAUGAAUUUGUCGUAACAAAUUUUAAAGUCAGGGGUAAUUCUCUACAAAGGACUGUCCGUAAGAGGGCUCGUAUGAAGAGAGAGCAGCAGUCACAAAGCUAUGUCUGUAAGGCCAUUAUAAAGGCCACAUCACUCAAAACACAAGAACAGCAGAGUCUCAAGAUAAAACAGCUGUUGAAUGGCACUUAUGAAGAAGGACUGUUAUCAUUGUAUGUGAAACCUGAAAAUGUGACUGUCAAGCCAAUAGCUCUGAUGGAUUGCCCAGAAAGCUUUUCACAAACGGCAUACAAGGGGAAUUAUUCCUGGCCACUGACAAAUCCAGCUACCAAAGCUGAGGUCAGCUGCAGCAAAAACCCUCUGCAGUCUGCUAUGAGGAGUUGUGCAAUUGAUAUAGAGCUUGAACAAACUUUCUGGAAAAAACCAAACCUGACUGAAUGUAAAUUACUGGAAGAACUUCCAAAUAAUAUUUUAGAUCUUCAGGAUGUCGCCAUAACAGAUGAGAAUGCAGAAGAUGUUGUGCAGCAUAUUUUGUAUCUUUUGCCAGAUGCAAAACUGGAUAUGGAAGAAACAGAAAUCAUUACAAGUAAAAUUUCUGAUAUAGUAAGGAUUGCAGAUAUAAGUGUGACACUUGCAGAGGCUAUAUUAAACGUACUCCACAAUAUUUUGCUGCAAGAAACAGACAAUCAGAGCAUUAGAAAAAUGACCAAUAGUAUCCUGAAGACAACUGAGGAGAUAGGCUAUAAGAUGACUUACACAGGAAGAAAUGUGUCAGUCGUAACCACUUCCCUGGCUUUGGUGGUGAUGCGUCCAGAUCCCAGUGUAUUUGAAGGAGUGGCCUUUGGUGUUACCUCAUAUGAGAGGGGCCUGAAUCUCAAGAUCAAUAUUCAAGAAAACCCUUUCAAAACAGCCUUGGCCUCUGUAUUUUUCCCAAAAUCACUGAAGAAAUUCUUAGAGAUCGAGUACUCUGACCCAGAAAAGCAUUCACAGAUCCAGUUUAAUUUUUUUGGCACGACUUCACUCUUUGCGGAUGAUAGUUUAAAGACAAAGAGGCUGAAUACUUAUGUUGUGAGUGCCAGUAUUGAAAAUGCAUCCAUUCAGAACCUCAGUGAGCCUGUGAAUAUUUUUCUUCAGCACAUAGAUCAAAAUACGGGUAAUAGAAAAGUGCACUGCGUCUUUUGGGACUUUCUGAAGAACAAUGGACUGGGUGGUUGGAAUACAUCAGGGUGUAAAACAGAAUAUACAGAUAUGAAUUACACAAUCUGUUUUUGUAACCAUCUUACCCAUUUUGGAGUCCUACUGGACUUGUCCCGCACAGAGAUAGAUACCACGAAUGAUUAUGUAUUAACUCUGAUAAGCUAUGCAGGAUGUGGUGCUUCUUCUCUUUUUUUGGGUAUCACACUGGUGACGUAUCUAGCCCUUGAAAAGCUGCGGAAAGACAACCCUUCAAAAAUUCUGUUAAAUCUUUGUGCUGCAUUGCUGAUGGUGAACUUGAUCUUCCUGGUCAACUCCUGGCUGUCUUCAUUCAACAAGCCUGGUCUCUGUAUCACCGUGGCUGUGCUCCUUCACUACUUCCUGCUUGCAGCUUUCACAUGGAUGUGCCUGGAGUCUGUUCACAUGUACUUGGCUCUUGUCAAAGUUUUCAAUGUUUACAUCCCAAAGUACAUCAUAAAAUUCUGCAUUGCCGGGUGGGGAAUACCAGCUAUUGUAAUUACUGUUGUACUCAUUAUAAAUAAAGACUUCUAUGGCAAUGGAUCACUUUCUAAGAACAAUCCAUUCAGCAAUUUUUGUUGGAUUCAAGAGAACGUGGCGUUUUACAUCUCCGUUGUGGCCUAUUUCUUCUUAAUGUUUUUGAUGAAUACAGCCAUGUUCAUCACUGUUCUUCUCCAAAUCCACUCCAUGAAAUCAAAGACACAAAAGAGAUCCACAUUCUGGAAACAGGGUUUUCUCCGUGACCUCAAAAGUGCUUUCAGUUUGAUGUUUCUUCUGGGAAUAACUUGGGGCUUUGUGUUUUUUGCCUGGGGAGCAGUGAAGAUAUUUUUCAUGUAUCUCUUCAGCAUUUUUAACACCUUGCAAGGGUUCUUUAUCUUUGUGUUUCACUGCCUAAUGAAGGAAGAUGUAGUGAAGCAGUGCCGAUUACACUUUUGCUGGGGGAGAUUUCGUCUGAAUAAUUAUUCUGACUGGAGUGCAUCAGGUGCAACGGUUAGAUCUACACCAAGGCAUUUAGACCACAGAUCACCAUCCCAGCCUUUGGAGUAUCUAAAUUCUGAUGGAACAAGCUCAACUUCCAGUAGUUCAGAUUUCGUCCCCGGGAAUUCUCUGGAUCUUAGAAUCGCCAAAGAUCAUUACAACCCGAGUCCUGUAACUCCAGCAGAUGAUGAGGCCAAACAUCCUCGUUCACGAAGAACACUACCCAUGGAUACAAAACUGCACUAUCCACAGAAAGCAAGAUUUUUCCAUUGAUAUCAAAUUUGUUUUCCUCUGAUUAUCUAAUGAUGGUUCUCUUUUGUGGCAUGUAGAAAUAAACAUUCAUCUAAAUAAUUACUUUUAAUGUACAGUUACCACUCUGAAGACAAUUACAGUGUUCAAGCCUCCUGUGAUUCAGCUCUAGGCCUCAGUGGAGUGGCACUACUGACCACAUAAGAACUUCCUUGGUCCCCUGUAAGGGUUUCCAAGAUCAGCCCUCCUGUUAAGCAAAAGGAAACAUUCUCUUCCUCAUCAUUAGUCCUUCUUGUAGAGUAUCCUCUUUUUUUCUUCCCCUUUUUAUCUUUCUGCCAUCCCUCUGCUUCAUUUUUUAUCUGAUACUUAUAUUCAGAACCCUUUUUCCCUUUUUAAAAUGUGGGACAAAGUUUCAAGUUUCAAUUUUGAGCCUGUUAGCUGACCAUACAGGCAUGGGUGUCUAGAUUUCUCAACCAGUAUCUUUACUUUUUUAAGAUGGACUUUGAUGAACUUAUGUAUUAAGAAACUGGACUCAGCUUUUCAGGAGAUUCCUUUUAGUUGCAUGUUUUUAUUUUCAGAUGCACUGACGCUUCUGACCUGGUCUUAGAAUUCUAAAGAGAGAUGUAGAUGCCUAUUCAAAUGUUUGAAAAUGUUGCUCGGUACCUUCAAAUGGAGCGUGGAAUCAAAAAAAGUUGAAAUUCCCAUUGCUAAUGGGUAUCCAUGUGUACAGUAAAGGUUUCAGAUUACCUCUCCUUCAAAAACCCACAAUAAACCCACCAAAUCAAGUCCCACCAUCUGUGGAGGUGGUGAUUAAAAAGUUUGCCCUUUAGCAGUACUUUGCUGUGAAUACAGCACUACGUAAACUCCAUUUUGUGAGAUCACAAAUCUACGGCACUACAGGUUGGAAUAGUACCGCUUGGCAUAUGCUGGCUGGCGUAUUAAACCUCCUCCUCAUUUUGUUUGUAACCACAGCUGAUCACAGCUCAGAGGCAAUACCAGCAGGAGUCUUUUGAGUAACAACAGUGCAAGCUGGGUAAGUUCCAUAGUUGUGAAGGAUGGAUUUUGAUCACAGUCAAAAGAAAUGCACCAUCCUGAGGAAUGGGAAACUUAACUUUCCUCUCUUACUGAAGAGGGGCUUUUUUUCAACAAAUGUGUUUGAAUCAGUAACUUGCCUGCUCAACUAAUCCUAGUUUCAGUUUUGAAUGCCUUCUCUGUAUCGUUCAAGUAAAGAUUUUUGAUGAUUGCUAAUACAGUAAAAUACUAACCUGCACCAAUGACAGAGAAGUAAAAAAAUAUAAUGGAACAAUGUUUCAGAGCUGGUUUGUGCAAUAAAAGGUUCCUUCAUUCUGUGAAUGACUCCUGCACCAUAAUUAGUAGAAGAAGCAGAUUUCAAUGUACUGUAGCUACAAACAGUCUACUUGAAAUUAGACAGAUAGACUUCAGGUCCUUGGCUUUAUGGGAGAAAUAUUAGCAUUAAAAACAGGCAAAUGAAUUUCACCUAGUAUGCAAUGGCUUGUAACUUGAAAUUGCUUUUAAUAAAGAAAAAAAUUAGUAUGAAAUGUAGUUCAA